CCUGACGUCAUCGCGGCGCGCCGGUUUGUAAACCCUGGAAGGUAGUCAAACCGGAAUUUUACCGCCUGAGAUGUUUUACUGGGAUGUUUCCGGGUUGAUUUCCGGACUGCUGGAGUCCAAAUGAACUGGAGCAGCUGACUGGUUCUGUUCGGAUCGGUAACUGUCGGGUUCGUUGGUUUUACCGGCUCAUGGUCGGUUAAUCUUAUCAACGUUAGGACUAACCGGCUUCCGUCUGAGCUAACACAGUUCUACAUCAUCAUCAUCACUAUUCCACUGAAGAUGAAGGCAGCCAGUUAUUUCUACCGAGAAAACUCGGAACUUUGGUGACCUUCAGGUUUCCCUCGAUGCUCAAACUGACCAAUAAACAAAGAUUUCUCUGCAUAACGAGCUCCUCCCAGGAUGAGUGGGGAUGAAGAGAUCCAAGCUGGCUGGCAUCUUCCUGUUCCUGGUCCUCUUGAUGGUCUACCUCCUAUUCCUGAAGCAUCACUACUCUUCCUUCAGAUCGUCCUCCUACAGACUGCCUCCACACCUCCGACCCGGCUCAGACAGAACCAGAGCAGACUGGUCUGACUCCUCUAAUGGAGACAGAAUUUGGUACGGCAUCAUGUUUGAUGCUGGGAGCACAGGGACCAGAGUCCAUAUCUUCAGAUUCCAGAUGGAGAAGGAAGGACCACCCAGACUGGACCACGAGAGCUUCAGAGCCAUCAAACCGGGCCUGUCAGCAUACGCCGACGAUCCACAGAAGUGCUCCGUUGGCAUCAUGGAGCUCCUGGAUGUGGCCAAGUCUAGUGUCCCUCCUUCCAUGUGGACCAGAACCCCAGUGGUUCUGAAGGCCACUGCUGGUCUGAGGCUGCUGCCUGGAGAGAAGGCCGACCAGCUGCUGGACAAGGUGAGGGCGCUGUUCCAUGAGUCUCCCUUCCUGUCCAGAGAGGACAGCGUGUCCAUCAUGGACGGAACCGAUGAAGGAAUUUCUGCUUGGAUCACCAUCAACUUCCUCACCGGUGGUCUUCACAGCUCUGACUCACCCACUGUGGGGAUGUUGGAUUUAGGCGGUGGCUCGACUCAGAUCACCUUCAGUCCUCGUGAUGAGAAAACGAUCCAGACGUCCCCAGUCAACGACAUCAGGUCCUUCCAGAUGUUCAACAGCACACACACCGUCUACACACACAGCUAUCUGGGUCUGGGUCUGAUGUCAGCUCGACUCGCCAUCUUAGGAGGCGUGGACGCUCCGCCCCUAGGGGGCAGCAUUGAGCUGGUCAGCCCUUGCCUUCCCCCAGAGUUUUCAGGCAGGUGGGAGCACGCUGACGUCGUCUACACCGUGAGGGGUCAGAGGGCAGGGGAGCCGGUUUACCAGGCGUGCCUGAACAAGGUCCAGAAGGUUCUGUACAGGAAGCUGACCAAGGCGUCGGAGGCGGCAGACGCAGAUUUCUAUGCCUUCUCCUUCUACUACGACCGCGCCGUUGACCUCGGGGUCAUCGGUAAGAUGAGAAGAAGGGAGGAACUAUCAGAGUCUCUGACUACAUCCAAGCUGCUGAAAGAGUAUGCAGUGGUCUCCUGGAGCCACAGAGACCCUUCCUCUGUCUGGACCUGGUCUACAUCUCAGUCCUGCUGCAGGAGCUGGGCUUCCCCCCUCGCAAGCAGCUCUGGCUGGCCAGGACCAUCAACCAGGUGGAGACCAGCUGGGCCCUGGGGGCCACCUUCCAACACCUGGAGUCCUGGCGGAAACAUUGAGUCAGAGCUACUGCAGCUUUUAUUUUGAAAGGCUCUGCAGAAGAUCCUGGUCCUGAAGAAGACCUGGUCCAGAUUCUGGAAGCAGCCUCUGAGCUUCAGCUGGAUCUUCAAGGUUCCUGAGCUGGAGGAUCCCUUGGAAACAUACAGAAUCUGACGCAUCAUCAGCUGCUCCUGUGACCUCACUUCCUGUUUAUUCAUCAGCAGCGUCAUUAAAGCUUCAGAUGGAAGUGUCCUCCUCGGUUCAUCUCUCUGUUCAGUGCUGGUGGUUCUGGGUUGGUUCUGAUGUCUGGCCCAAAACUGAUUCUUCAGUCUGACUAAGCAGAAAACCAGAAACAGAACCACUGAUCGAAGGGCUCUGACAUCACUGCAGUUCAUCGGAAAGAAACGGAAGUUCUGAACGGUUCAGGUCAGGCUCUUACUGCCCAGAGGAAGCAAAUAAGGCGUGUUCUGAAAAUCCAAUUAGGCUGUUUUCAGAUGAAGUUCUGAAGAUCCACAUAGAUGGUUCAGAUGCAGAAAACAGCACAGUUUGAAGUCCUGAACUGGUUCUUAUUCUGGGUUUUGUUUGAAUAAAUUGUGAGAAUAAAAGUGUCUGAACAAA